CAAGGUCUUUGUCUAGGCAUUCUAGUCCAGGCUGCUAUCGUAAACAAGUCACGCUUGACGUCGAUUUUCUGUGCCGAGUUCCACGUGGCCCGACUACAGCAGUAGAUGGGGGGCGCAGUGGCGUCUCAUUGGCUUGGUGACGAGGCGGACAAGGAAAACAAGGGCUUUGACUUUUUGAUCCAUCGUGCAUGGGCCGCGCACAGUGCAGAGAUCCGAGAACUCCAAGAGGAAGUGCGAAGUUUACGUGAGAAGCUGGCGGCCGCAGGUGGGAAUAAGGCUAACACGCCCGACGAACUUCCACAUUCGCUGUCAGAUGUGGACAGCGCGGUUCCGGCUCGGAUGAACUCCACGGGUAGUGCCCUCAAUGACGAGUACUGUACAGUAGUCAAGUCUUUGAUGUGCCGUUCCAAUUCCGCCAUCUCUCGAGACACCGGAGUCACGGCACGUGCGAAAAAUGUAGUAUCGCAUUGGAAGCAGGUUUCGCGUGAAGGGUUCGGCAGCACCCCCCAGCGGCGCCAAUCGCAAGUUCAGCCACAGAGUAUGUUGCACAGGUUCGUGCAACAUCCAUGGUUCGAAAUGUUCAUUGCGGGCGUGAUCAUUGUGAAUGCAGGCGUUAUGUCUGCGGAGGCUCAGUACCAAGGCUUUGAUCUAGCUGUGUGGACGGGUCACGAGAGUGCAGAUGGUGUCUCCUCCGAUGUGUGGCCACACGCUGAAGUAGUCUUCGACAUAGCCGAUUGGAUGUUUGGGACAUUCUUCGUAUUCGAGCUUACUGUCAGAAUCAUUGGUCUCCGUCUGCGAUUUGUCCAAGACUUGUGGAACUGGGUCGAUUUCUCUAUAGUCGCAUAUUGGUUGUAUAGUCGCUUCUAUGUUUAUAUGAACGUGAACGCACAAAUGGUACGUCUGGCGCGCCUGGCGCGGCUGCUUCGUCUGGUUCGGCUCUGCCGAUUUUUGCACAGCGCUAAAUUUGAUGCUUUGUACCUCAUUACAACUUCGCUCAAAGGAAGUGUUGCAAUCUUAGCAUGGGCUUUUUCUUUGCUGCUGAUCUUGCACGUGCUAUUAGCGCUGGUCGUCAAUCAGACUCUUCACCAGUGGUAUUUUCAAGAGAGCGAGGCUGAAGCACAAGUCGAGGUGUUUGAGUACUUCGGAAGCUUUUCCCGCUCGCUUGUAACGAUGUUCGAGCUCACCCUUGCAAACUGGCCUCAACCCGCGAGGGUUUUGAUGGAGAAGGUGCACGAGGCGACCUUCAUCUAUUCUAUCAUGCACAAGAUGGUGCUCGGAUUCGCCGUCAUAGGGAUCGUGAACGGAGUUUUCAUCCAGGAAACAUUCAAGGUGUCUACGAUGGACGACGCAGAGAUGGUGCGGCAGGCGAGUCGCAAAGAGAAGGUCCACGUCGCGAAGAUGAGACGACUCUUCCUCGAGGCGGACGAGGAUAAAAGCGGUACCGUUGACAAGGACGAGUGGCUGAGGAUAUGCGAGGACAGCUGGGUGCAGACCUGGCUCAAAGCCCAAGACCUUUACAUAACGGACCCUGCUGGACUCGGAUUCGAUCACCUGGAGGAUGGGAUGGGCAUGCUCACCGCGGAGGCGCUCAUCCACGGCACAGCGCAGAUGAAGGGCGAGGCCUCGCCACAUGCCAUGGCCAGGCUGAUGAAAGAUGUCUGCCUGUCCGUCAAGAGCAUCGAGGGCCGUCUGGGCGCGGCCUGCCCUGGAGUCCCUGACUCCUUCUGCAUUCCUCCGAUCGCUCGCUCAGCAUCCCCGUCGUUUCCCCCGCAGUGAGGGCUCUGUCCAGGAGGGGCAGGAGGACGGGAGGGCGGGGGGUGGAGUACCGUGCGGUGCCUCGCUGCGGGCGGUACUCAUGGCGUGCCGCUCUGUAACGCCAAUUCUGGGCGCCGGGGGUUCCCGACUUUUCGACACGCUGCCUCGCUCGUCCAGUGAGUGGGGAACAGCACUGCGUCAAAAAGCCGUUGUGGCGCGUGGCACUGCCAGCCGCCGGGCCACAUGCGCCCUUUGGGGCCUGCUCCCCAGCCACCCCCCUUCCCCGGCGCAGCACCGGCAGAGGCAGCAGCGAGGUCUCUUCUUCAUCCCCUCCCCGCGCCGUCGUACUUUUUCGGAGGAUGGCUAAUGGAGACCACGGCAGCUCUCCCGCCAGUCCCACGUCCGCUCCAAAUCGGUCCCCGGACCCCUCCCAGGGUCCGUCCCGAUCCGUUUGUCGAGGGGGAUCCGGCUGGGCGACAGGAGCAGGAAUCCUUCAGGAGGCCCCGAGAGGACGAAGCAUACCAGGGAUGGCCGCCGUGCUCGCGGCUGGCCCUUCUCCGAGUUCCCGCUCCGUUGGUGCCCUCUGUUGCUGUCCCCCGCGCGGAGCGCAGCGGAGGGCGGCUUUCUCUCUCGAUCAUCGCCCGCGGUUUCGCAGUGCUCGCGAGACGUAUUUGGGGCUCGGGAG